AUGGAUCAAAUAUAUAGUGAAGCAAGGAGUUUAUCAUUUUUAUUGCUUUUGGUUUUCAAUUUUUGUCAAGGCAUAACAGCAAAGGAGUAUUGUCAGACAUCUGACGGGGUCAAGGAAUGUGAUACUGGAUGUUGUGGUGAACACUGGAAUAACAAUGUUUCCUGCUGUCCAUUCCAUCCUGCUGCGUUCAUCAUGAUUGUAUUGGCUGUGGUGUUGGUCGUCGCCUUCAUCUCCUAUUGUAUCGUUUCCUCAGUAAAGAAGUGGAGCCGAGGAAAAACAGUCAUCAAGCCUGAUAUUUCUGAUGAUACGAAACAAGCGUCGUCUAUCUCAUAUGUCGUUGUGGGCCCAGGUUACCGAGAGAAGUAUCCGCCGAUUCUUCCACCAACAUAUGACAACGACCAGGAUUGGAGGGAACAUUACUCAUCUUCAACAUCAACACAUGGAUCGAACUACCUUCCACAACAAUAA